AUGGCGACCGACCUCCCGUGCGACGGGGACGGCACUUGCAUGCUCUGCAAGAGGAAGUCGCCGGAGGAGGAGGCGAUCGUCCUGUAGCACUUGCGCGAACGCCGUGGCAUGUGCCUUGCCUCUCCAGGCCGCCGGAGUCCAUGGCUUCCGUUUCCUCCUGGGCGUGCCCCGAUUGCGCGGCCCCUGUGUCCGGGGGCGGCGGUGGUUUCCACGAGUGGGAGGUCUGCUACGGCCGGGGUGGCCUCGGACCUUGUCGCCGCCAUCCGAGCGAUCGAGACGAAUAAGGGGCUGACGGAGCAGGAGAAAGCGAAGAGGCGUCAGGAGCUGAUGAGCAAGGGUGCUCCAGCACUGAACGGCGAUGAAGAUGGGAAAGAACGGAAUAAGCAUGGGGAUGGCGAGGUACUUGAUCUUCUGGACGAAAAGUUCAAAUGUGCCAUCUGCAUGCAGUUGCCGGAGAGACCCGUCACGGUGAGUAAACUCGCGUUUUUCUCUUCUCUGAGAGUCUAACAAUAAGUGCCACAUUGUCCCGGAAGAUGACUUUUGCCAGUAGAGUUUUGUAUUUGUAUUUACGCAUCCGUUAGCGUUUUUAUCAUCCCCUCUUCAAAUGAGAAGUUUGGACUUGCAUCAUCUCGGUUGAAGAUAGGACGAGCUAUUUGUAGCCUUCGCUAUUGUGUGAGUAAAUAUUCGCAUUUUCUUUUAGCAUUUUCAUGAUUCAUGUGUUCAGAGCGGAACGCCAUUCUAUCUGUCUACGCCGUCACUUUUGUUUAGUAGGUUUAGUCUCCUGGCUUACGGGUACUUAUUUUCUUCAUAAAACUCGUCAACCUUUCCCAUUGACUGUUCCCAACCUUGUGCAUUUUAGUUACUGCAAUUUAUGGUGUUAACGCAUCUUUCAUCUGUGGAUGGCAAGCUUAUACUUUUCCCCUAAAUUUUCGGUGCUUUGAGAUUCGAGCUCCUCUAUAUGGUGACAUUAUUUGCUUGUGAAAUCUAUCAUUGAAAAAAUACUUUGACAUUAUUCUAUUUUUUAGCAGUUUAUUAUGUUGUAAGACAUACUCGUAUUUACAAUUAUUUUAAUAUUGUUUUCUCGUCUUAUGGAACGUUUCUGAUGCGCUUGGUUCUCCCGACAGCAUUGUUCUUUCAGGCCUGGAGUCGGACCUCAUUGUUGUUCGUUUAAUUUGUAUUUAUUUUCUGCAUUCUGAAAUGCUGUACUUGGUGUCUAACUUUUCAAUAAGUCUGCCCUGAAGCCUACUAUAUAUCUAUGUAUGUCAUAACUUCCAUCUGCCAAAAAAGUGCGUGUUUGAUUUCCAUGAUAUUUUUUUUCCUUUUCUUAUUUACAAAUUUUCAGUUAACUACCCUACUUUAUUGUUUCAUAGACUCCAUGCGGGCACAAUUUCUGCCUGAAGUGCUUCCAAAAAUGGGUCAGCCAAUCGAAGCACACAUGUGCAAAAUGCCGUGCUCGAAUUCCCCAAAGUAUGGUUUCCCUCCCAAGAAUCAAUGCUGCACUUGUUUUCGCAAUCAGGACGGCAAAGGCAGCGAAGACAUUCAAUUCAAAUGGUUCAAUUCCAACUUUCCACUAUGUUCGUAAUGAGGAUAGACCGGAGGAGGCUUAUAGGACUGAGAGGGCCAAGCGGGCUGGGAAAGCCAAUGCAUGCAGUGGUCAGAUCUUUGUCACCAUACCGCCUGACCAUUUUGGCCCUAUCACCAGGGAUUAUGAUCCAAGGUAUGGUGAGGGUGUCUAUGUGGGUAGGACUUGGGAUGAUCGGUUGGAAUGCAGGCAGUGGGGUGCCCACUUUCCCCACGUUGCUGGUAUAGCUGGCCAAUCCAAUUACGGGGCUCAGUCAGUUGCACUCUCAGGAGGAUAUAAAGAUGAUGAAGAUCAUGGAGAAUGGUUCCUUUACACUGGCAGGUUUGCCCUCUUGCUCAUUACUUUGUUGUGCAAUUAUAUGAUUGUACAUCUUCCUGGUAUUGAUUGGCAUCACAUGGGGUUUUUCUACUGCAAAGUUUUCAGCAUGUUGCCUAGUUAUUUUUCUGGGGCAAAUAAGACACUCUUGGAGAGAAGGUAAGGGUUUGGGCAACUAGGUGGUCAACCAUUAGAGGAGCUCGCCCUCUAUCAACGCAAGAUUUAAAUAGCCUUGGCGAUAGCCUUAACUAUCUUCCUGGAGGAAAAUUUUAUUUUUAUAAGAAUUAUAUCUCGAUGUAUUCUUUAAGAUAAUAUGUUCCUAAGGAAUUUUGAUUGGCCAUGAAAAUUUGCAGAAAAUUGGAUGUCAAUGAAUUUCACGCUGUAAACUAUCUCAAUAAUAAGCUGAAAGUUGGGUAGUGAAGAACGAGAUGCUUCUCCUCAUCCUUGAACAGGAUGAUCAACAGUAACCAAUCUCAGUAGUUUAAUCAUUGAUAUCAAAGAGCUAAUCAAUUAGCCAUAUGCUUUACCCCAUCAUCAAUGUGACCGAUGCUAAACUGUAUUCUUGUUUACAUCAUUGACUUCUAUCAAUCAAUGAGUCUGAGCAGAAGCUCUUGACUGAUAAUCAUCUUCACCGAAGGAAUCAAAAGGUUUCUCUUAGUAACUGUUGACAUAGUUUACGGUAUAAAGUUGAUUGUGAGAAAUAUUGCGGCAAAGGCUGCCUAAAUAGAUUUUGAUGCUGUGGUUGACAAAGGUUGAAAAAUAGAUUUCUUUCUCAAUCUCUACAUUAUGAGGUUUUCUUGACUAUCGCUUCACCAAAUUUAAACGCAUACAUUGAUGAUUCCUUGUUCUCAUAAUUCUAUUAAAACUCUUGUAAACUAGGUUUCAAGUAGGGAUUGUUUUCAGCCAGCGUGCUUCCCUUCGUCGCCUAAAUAAUUAUGAGCUGUUCGGCUGGUUUCAUGCUCUACCGUUUACAUACUCGGCUGGCUUUGCUUUCAUGUUCAGGCACCAUGAGUAAAUCUCUGUGUGCGAUUUUGAGCACAACUACCUCGGUUUAGAUAUUUCCUUUGAGGUCCCGAUUUCUUACAAUUGGACGAUUCUUUCUUUAUUUGUUGGACAUUUUCCGAUCCAAGUUUCAUGGCGUUUGCCACGUAAUUGCAGCGGGGGACGGGACCUGAGUGGGAACAAAAGAACAAACAAGGAGCAAUCCUUUGACCAGAGGUUCGAGAAGCUUAAUCAGGCCUUAAGGGUUAGUUGCCAGAAGGGCUACCCUGUUCGAGUUGUAAGGUAGGUCACUUGAUUAAGUCAAGAAAGCAGGCCGUUCGAGACAUUAAUCCCACUGCUUUGUCGUUUAAGGACUUCUGUGGCACUUAUUAUUUAUUUAUAAUAUGAAUAUAACUAUUAAAUUAAUAUCAGCGUAGCAUCGUUUUCUGUGCUAUAAUCAUCUCCGCUGUUUUAUAUUUAACAUUGAACGCACUGUGCUCAUAUUUUGUUGCUAGUCGCGCAUCUACCUUCUACUGUUAAGGUUGGACCUUGUGUUUCAUUGGGAAUGCUCUGCCCUUUGGGCUGUCGCUUGAGAACAGCCUUCUUUCUUGGGAUAUGAACAAGCUUUCUUACUUGGUCACAGGUCUCACAAAGAGAAGCGAUCUUCAUAUGCACCUGAGAAGGGCGUUCGUUAUGAUGGAGUCUACAGGAUCGAGAUGUGCUGGCGGAAAGUGGGCAUCCAAGUACUCUCACCAGCCUUUGGUCCACCCUUUUACACGUUAUUUGCCUCUUAGUUUUACAUUGCGUACGUAUUAACAUAAGCAGGAGUCCCAGUGGCCUGGGGCAAGGCUCCUGUCACGCCCCGUCUGUGCCCAGAAUCACUAAUACGUGGCCCGGGGCUUUCCCUAGGCCAAGAGAAAAAUGAUGCUCGGAGUCUACAGAGAGAGGUGCUGUGUGGGACAACCAUAGGACUAGACAAAAUGGUUCCAGGCUGGACCGUAUGGAAGCCCAGACCCAGUCCGGUUAGGUCGGGCCUCAAGGCUGGGCUCAGCCAGGCUCGGGGCCUGAAGGUGGUCCAUUGCUGUCGCUAACUGUAGCUUACCUUUUUUUUCUUCAUCCUUAGGUAGUUUGUGUCCCCUGUGCGCUCGUGUGGUAUUUUUUUAUAGUGAUCUCAUUUUAUGCGUCAUAAUUCCCAAUGUACCGCAGGGAUUCAAGGUCUGUCGAUACCUGUUUGUUCGGUGCGACAAUAACCCCGCCCCGUGGACAAGGUCCGUUUCCUCCUUUGAGUUGACCUUUGGGAGUCCGUCUCCUCUUCUCUUCCUCUUUUUUUGAAUGUCUCCCUCUUCAUCUUGAGGAGCCCAGUGAUACCCACGGCGAUCGCCCGAGGCCACUGCCAAAGGUCGCGGAGCUCAAGAACGCAACCGACGUCACGAAGAGGACGGGGAUGCCGGCGUGGGACUACGAUGUUCGCAAAUGCCCUUCAUCCUGACGUUUCUGAUAUCCCUAUCUUCUGUGCUGCGUAGCCUCCACUUAUAGUAACUGUUUAACUCCAGGAGAGUGACGGCUGGAAGUGGUUCAUACCCCCCCCGGCGAGCAAGAAGCCUCUGGUUAUCCAGGACGCCGAGGGCAGGAAGCGGGUGCAAAGGGCUGCAAGGAUCGGCCGAGUGUCUGUCCGUGACAGGCUCCUGAAAGGUUGUGGAGCUGACCAUUUAGCCAGACUUUUUACCUGAUUCUCUGCAAAUGAUGGGUUGAUUUGUGUGGCUUAUGUUGCUUGCAUUCCUGGCAUGUCUGCAGAAUUCAGCUGCCUACUCUGCAGAAACGUCAUGAAGCUGCCUCUCACGACCCCAUGCGCCCAUAACUUCUGCAAGGAAUGCCUUCUGGGCGCUUUUGAUGGGAAUGCGGCAGUGAGAGAGCGGACUCGAGGAGGGCGAACGCUCAGAGCCCAGAAGAUUCUCAGGAAAUGCCCUUCUUGCCCGAAUGACAUCUCAGACUUUCUUCAAAAUCCCCAGGUAAUCCCAGACCUGACUCAUCGAGCCGUUGUUUCCCCCUCCUGGUUUUGCUUGGCUACUUACCCCCCCCUCUCCUUGGUAUAAUGCCAGGUUAAUAGAGAGAUGAUGGACUUGAUAGACUCGCUCCAGCGGAAGGAAGAGGAGGAGAGUGCUGAGUGUUUGAGCGAGGGAAGCGAUGUGGUCGAGAAGGCUGGGGCCGAAGCUGGCGGAGGUGAUGAAGUGCAUGAUACAGACCUCGAGGAUAAUGGUGAUGGAGGUGCUGGGAGGACGUCCAAAGGGGAAGCAGGUGAUCCCACCGAGAAGGUGAGGGAUGCGGUCGGUGGCCUCAAAGAGAAGAAGGUAGAGUCUGUGGAUGGGGACUCGGAGAUCUAUGUGGCUAACUCUGAAGAGGAAAUCGAGAAAGGGAGUGAAGCCCCGCCGGCUGGGAUGGAAGUGGUGUAUCGCCUCAAAAGAAAGAGGCUUGUCCCCCGCGGACCAUGGAACAGAAGGACGAGAGCUGGCAGCAAAGCCGCUCGAUGUAAUGAUGAAUGA